AUGAACGCUCCCUUACCACCAGAUCCCUACAAGGCCCUGGGCGUAGACACGAGCGCUGAUCCCGCCUCCAUCAAGACUGCAUACAGGAAACUGGUCUUGAGAUGUCAUCCCGACAAGGUCCUAGACCCGGCUCUAAAGGCCGUCAAACAGGAGGAGUUCCAAAAGGUGCAACAAGCAUAUGAAAUCCUCGGCGAUGAGGACAAGAGGAGAGAAUACGACCUUGAGGUCAAGGCACGGAGGUUACGGGAAGAGCUCUACAAGAACGGUCCUGCCGCCGGGACACCGCCCAAGAAGUACUACAAUGUCAACAUUCGAACUGCGGAGCCACCGGCGGCGUCGUUCAGCGCUCCCCAACCCCCUCCCCCGACCAAGGCUUACAACCCUUAUCCUCAACCUCAUUUCUCACAAUCGUGGGAGAGCAGGGAUAUGCCCCAUCGCCCUUCAAAGCAGCCGGCAUUUGAGGAAAAGACGGCUCGUCGAGCUGCCAGCUAUGAAAAGUCAAAGCCGCGAGAAGAGGACCUCAAGGAAGAGCGGAGGCGUCGGAAAGACGAAGAGCGUGAGAGGGAAAGGGAAGAAUAUCUCAAAGAGAAGGAGAGGGAGAGACGCAAGGAGGAGAGGAGAGAACGAGAGAGAAAGGAAGAGAAGGAGAGACAAAGAGCCGAGGCUGAACGCCGAGAAAAGGAAAUCAUGAAGCAAGAGAAGAAACGCCAAGAAAGGGAGCGUGAAAAGGAGCGCGACAAGGCUCGAAGACGAGAACAAGAGGAGAAGCAUCGGUCGAAGUCAAAACCUGCUUACGUCGAGCCCUACUCCCAGUCGGAAGAUGAGAUCCCGGUAAAGUCGAUCAAGAAGUCGUCGUCAAGCAGCAAGAAACACGCUGAGAGCCCGCCACGGGAUAAGUCUUCCCGAAAGGAGCGGGACCGCUCGACACCUCGUGUUGCACGGGAGGAGAAGCUGCAAGAUACGCUUGCUUUCGCAGCGGAUUACAUGGAUAUGGCUCGCAGAAAAGUCAGCAAGGUGCCGUCAUCGCCAUAUGGCGAGCCGCCAGUACCGAACUACGCCUCGGCAUAUCCCGAUCCGGAAACAUGGACUGGACCGCCGCGACGAGGCUCCCAUGACGCCAAGUAUGCUGCCAAAGGCGAUCCUGUCAUUAUUGACUCCGGUAGCCCUAUGCACAAAGGCCCUGACGUUAUCAGUGUCUCGCCGCGUGGUGAGCCGCCGAUUCCGAGUCUACGAAAAUCAUACACUUCACCUCCAGGGACUAUGGCUCAGCCUCCAUCUGCUGCACCACCCCGGAUACCCACGAUGCAUCGGGCUCAGACAAUGCAGCCAGAGUAUGCACGCGACAGGGGACCGCCACAAGCCCCUGCAGCUCCACUGCCUGACAAGUAUGCCAAACACUCAGAGCGACGAAGGAGAAAUUCCUUCGACGGCUAUCCUGAGGAUGAUCUUCCCCCGCGAAGCAGUGGGCAUCACCGCAGCAGCAAAGCCCAACCCAAUGUGAAAGUAUAUUACGUCGACAAGGAGGAACCUCGUGUAUCAAGCUAUGACGAAUAUUACCCCAAUAGCGGCAGCUUCCCUAAAGUCAAGGUUGCGCAGCAAUACAGACCUGAGCAGGUCUACACCGCAAAGCGGUUCACAGAGGACGACGUCAGAUACUCGAACCAGCCACACUCUCAAGCCCCGUACACACAGCAAUAUGCGCAUGCGUAUUAA